GUGUGUCUUCGUGUGUUCGACAUGGCCAGCAACCACACCAUCACAGCGCUGGGAAGAAACUGAAGGAAGUUAACUCUGUGGUCAUAAAUAUUAUUGUUUACUGUAAUUAUGGCGGGUGGGCCUGACCAGAAAACUGUCUUGUCAAAAAAUGUUCUUCAAAUGAAGUUUAUGCAGCGGAGUGCAAUACGUAUAGAAAAAGAACUUAACGAGGAAGAAAACAAAGACAUUGAUGAUGAACAUUGGGUUUUGGAUCUGCCAGCUACUCAAAAACUAGAAAAUAGAUACAUCUUUGAACCAAGUCUGAUGAGAAUUGAAAAUCUUCAGUAUGGCAGGAUGUCAUACUGUGGCUUUAACCCAGAAAUAGAGAAACUGAUGAAGCGCCAUAACACAAAAGUAGAGCUUGACGCAGCAGAGAUCAAGGAGAAGGAGCUAGGUGUGGAGGAGGACGAGAUGGCAAACAGGUACCAGUCAUUAUUUGGGACAAUAGCUAAGAAAUUCAGCAGCAAAAGAGACCGUGGUCAAAUAGAAGAAAAUUCUUCUAAUUUGGAGGAAAGUCACCAGAAAUCGAAAAAACGGAAAUUUCUCAAACCUGCAGAUGAUUGAAUAUUAAAUGUUUUAGUGCCAUGUACUUAGGUUUUCUGGCCCUGUCAGCACAAAACAGUGAUGAUGACGCUGUUUGUCCAUUAGUUGAUAAAACUGCCAGAUAAGAUCUGUCACUAGACGUUAGUCAGGAGGCAUGGAACCAGUCAUUCUUCCUUCAACUCUGACUGGAACAUCUUUAAAACUGACAGGUUUUUUGUUUUUUUUAAUGUUCCAUGUACUUGAAAUUGUAAAAAGGUAGUAAAGGUAUUGGGGCUAGUUAUGAAAUAUACAUGGUUCCACCUCUAAUCAUGUAAAACAUUAAUUAAAGCAAAGCCUUUUUAUCAGAUAUAUGGCUAUAGGAAAUCUAACAGCAGGGCUUCCACAUAUCCCUGGAGAGCCUGUGUUUGACACUCCAGUGUUUGUAUUGACUUGUCUGUGUUCAAGUACAUGUCUAUUAACUUGUGUUUUGACCUUUUAAACUUUCAUCAAAUUGCAAAAGGUCAAGGUUCAACUGAGGAUAAAAUUGGAGAUAACCUGCAGCAUUGUUGAUUGUAUCGCAUAAACUAGUCUGUUUUAUCAUACCACGAGGCCAAGUCAUAAAUAUUGUGUCACUUAAUUAACUAGCCUGUUUUAUCAUACCACACGGCAAAGUUAUGAAUAUUGUAUCACUUGAACUAGCCUGAUCUACCACGUCACAUGACCAAGUGAUAAAUAUUGUUAAGACACAUCAGUGACAACACAACUGUGAUGUCACAUUUUAUGACACCACAACGAAUGUGAUGUCGUACAAUUAUCUCUGCAGAGAAUGUAUGUACUGUUCAAGUCAAGUCGCCUGCCUCACAUAGAAAUAAAUUUGAAAGUUUUUACUGGUACUUAUAUUCUUGUAAACAUGAGUUUGUGAUGAAUAGAAUCUUGCUCUUGUGGCUAUGUAAUAUGAUGAAGGCUCAUGGCAUGUCAAAUUAUUGACCUUGUUUGUAAAUUCUAUAAUACAUAGCCAUAAGUGUUGAUAUUAGAUCUCUCUGUAUCUAAGUGAUAAAUAUGUGUAGGACAGUUUAAAUUAUCUUAAUUGAAAGAUCAAUUAUAUUAAUGCCUGUACAAACAAUGUGAGAGUGAAAUUUUGUCUGCUAGUGCAAGUUUAGUAAAAUCUAUCUAUGAAUUCCAAUUUAAUGGUAAAACUUUUAACCAGGAUGUAAGAAGUUGUUUGUGAUAAGUGAAAAAAAAUAUUUUAAAACUAUUUUCCCAAAUAUGGUUUCAGACGGUGCUUCUUCAAAUGUGGAUUUUAUCAGGUUUGAAUAAUGAAAUUGAUAAGUUAUUGGUAAUGUUAACUAUUUUUCUAUCCAUACAUGUCCAUGAAAUGCAACUGUUCAUGAUAUAUUUGUAUAUUUAUAUACAUUAGAAUAGAAUGCCAUUGCUAAUAUAUCCAUUCAUGCAAUUUUAUGUAUACAUGCUAUGCUCUAGUUAUGUCAAAUGAAAUUACAAUAUACAUCAAU